AUGUCAUCUACAGAAUUGUACACAGAAUCAAAUGAGGAAUCUCACGAUUUUUUUAACUUUGACCCAUUAGUGAGCACUAGCAGUAACGCUCAACAAAGUAGACGCUCUGCAACAUCAGAGGCAGAAAUACAGACCGUACAAUUUUUCAACAAUUUAUCUCAAGAUCUGUCAAUACUUCAGCAGUAUCCACCAAUUAAAGAAAUAUUUUUAUGCUAUAAUACGCCACUGCCGUCAUAG